AUAUUAUAGUUUCAACUUUAUAAAUUUAUAGAGUUUUUACUGUAUGUCUUUGUGUUGUCUCCUGCACACACGUUUUAUAUUUGAUUUACGGAUCUACAGAAAAUUUUAUUGGUAGAACAGUAUUUUCUUUUUAUAGAGCUAAUGUGUGUGCAGGUAAACAAAUUGAAAUUUGCUCUCUCUAGAGAGGUUCACAUAUGUCAAAAUAAUAUACGAAAGCUUGACUUCUAUCUUUUUGCUAUAAAAAUGCAUACAAAAUAGGACUAAGUUUCAUCUAUUCAAAUAGACUUUGGGAUAUCAUAAUAUUAAAUGUAAAUGUGUUUAUCUUUUCCCACAAGAAUAGCUUUUUUCGGUUUACAAAAAAAGAAAGAAUAGCUUUUUACCUUGAGAAUAAUUUCAUGUCUGUGCAGUACUCUGUGAAACAACUCCGUUUUUCAUCAUUUUGUUAAAAAUCAAACUACAAAAUAGAUAUAUCAAAUCUUACACUUUUAUUAUGAAGAAAGAAUCACAAAUAUUGUUUCCAGGGAAACAAAGAAGAAGAAUGAACAAUAAAGAUCUUUUCCACACUGAGAACUCAAAUAAAACAAAAAGAGAAGAUGAAACUAUUGAAAACAAAACGUGAGAAAAAUAUAGAAGAAAAAAACAGUUGAUUGAAUGUUAUAUAGAAGAUACAGAGAUGAUACAGUUGAUAUUAGAAGUUACUGAAUUUUAGAACGUGUGGUUUGAUUGUGGUAGACCGGAAGUUACAGAAAAAAUAGGAAAAUAAUUUUUGCAGUUCCCUUCAAUUUUUUUAAUAAAAAGAACGUGAUAUGACUUUUUGUUUUAAAAAUUUUGUUAAAAAAAUUUAAAAUAAUGAUAUGUGUCAGAAUGUGAUUGCUCAAGUGACUUGUGAUUUAGUAUAUAAAAGAUAAUUUUUGCAGUUCCCUUCAAUUUUUUUAAUAAAAAGAACGUGAUAUGACUUUUUGUUUUAAAAAUUUUGUUAAAAAAAUUUAAAAUAAUGAUAUGUGUCAGAAUGUGAUUGCUCAAGUGACUUGUGAUUUAGUAUAUAAAAGAUUAUAUAAAAUAAAAUUUAAUAAAUUAUCAAAGAUAAAUACUUUUAAAACAGAAUGUUAUUAUAGACAAAAUGUUAUAAAAGAUAAAUAUAUUUAUGGUAUUUGGGUAUAAAACCGAAUAAACUGAAAACCGAUGAUAUAUAAACCGAAUCAAACUAAAUUUGAUAUUGUUUUAAUAUGGUAGUUAUUUUUUAUAAAUUAAAAACUAAAAAUUCGAACCGAAAUCGAACCGAACCGGCAUCCGGAUUAAACGCCCAGAGGAUAAAAAGAUUGGUUCAGUUACUAUCCGAACCAAAAUCUUUCGGUUUCGGGUCGGGCCCUGGUAAAAUGCCGGGUUUUAAAACUUUCUCCCAACGGAGCGAGAAUCGAAGCUCCACCGAGGAUUCUGAGGAGGAUCAAUCAAAUCGAUUUGGUUGCGUUUAAUGGCGACAAGGCUUCUUCAUCAUCUUCAUCGACAUCGUUUGGAGAAAGGUGACACCCUUUCCUUUAACCGCCUUUUGAGCCUCUCUCUCUGGUUUCGUGCUUUCUGCGAUUACCGAGCGAUUCUGAGAAACAGUCUUCCCUUCAACGAAGCUCUGGAUCUCUUCACUCGCAUGGUCGAGUCCCGCCCCCUUCCUUCCACCGUCGAUUUCACCAAGCUACUAACCGCUAUCUCCAAAUCUAAGAGAUUCGACGUCGUCAUCGCUCUCUGCAACCAUCUGGAGACGUUAGGGAUUCCGCACGAUCUCUACACUUGCAACCUCGUGAUGAACUGCUUCUCCCGAUCCUCUCAGCCUCAUCUCGCUUCGUCGUUUCUCGGGAAGAUGAUGAAACUCGGGUUUAGCCCCGACAUCGUCACGUUCACAUCUCUCGUCAAUGGGAAUAGACCCGAGGAUGCGAUGUACAUCGUUAAUCAGAUGGGAAUCGAACCUGACGUUGUCAUGUACACCACGCUCAUCGAGUCUCUUUGCAGAAACGGACUUGUGGAUAACGCGAUGAGCUUGUUUAACCAAAUGGAGAGCAACGGCGUUAAAGCUGACGCCGUUACUUACACGUCUCUCGUGAACGGUCUUUGUAACUCCGGUAGGUUGAGUGACGCCGUUAGUUUACUUAACGAUAUGAUGAGAAGGAGGAUCAACCCUGAUGUAGUCACUUUCAAUGCGUUGAUCGACGGGUUUGUGAAAAAGGGGAAGCUUCUGGAGGCUAGAGAGGUCUACAGCGAGAUGAUUCGAGUCUCUGUAGCUCCUGAUGUUUUCACUUACACUUCGUUGAUCAAUGGAUUAUGCAUGGAAGGCCGCGUCGACGAGGCCAAGGAAAUGUUUUACUCAAUGGAGGACAAGGGCUGCUUUCCGGAUGUAGUGGCUUAUACAUCUCUCAUCAACGGGUUCUGCAAAUCGAGAAAGGUUGAGUACGGGAUGAAACUCUUCUACGAGAUGACUCAGAGAGGUUUACUUGGUAACACCGUCACUUACACGGCUCUUAUCCAAGGUUUCUGUCAAGUGGGGAGACAUAAGGCUGCACAAGAGUUUUUUAGUCAGAUGGUUUCUCGUGGGGUGUCUCCCAGUGUUAGGACCUACAACGUUUUGUUACAUGGACUGUGUUUGAACGGGAAGCUAGGUAAAGCGUUGUUGAUAUUUGAAGAUAUACAAAAGAGAGAGAUUGAUGUUAAUAUUAUCACGUAUACUAUCAUCAUUCAAGGGAUGUGCAAAGCUGGUAAACUCAGAGAUGCUGUUGAUAUGUUUUGUAGCCUCCCUUCCAAAGGGAUGAAGCCUAACGUUGUAACGUACAGUACAAUGAUAUCAGGGUUGUUUAGGGAAGGUUUUAAGCUUGAAGCACAUGUGUUGUUUAGGAAAAUGAAAGAAGAUGGGGUUCUACAAAAUUAGGUGGAAAUGUGAACUGAUCAUAGUAUUGAUGAGGGAUUGCUUCUUCUACUCGCACAGUUACAGUUUCUAACUAUGAUGCAACUUUCAUAAGAACAUGUUGCCUAUAUGUGUAGGAUGAUGAUACAGCCUGAUAAUGUCACAUUUGUAUCUUUGAUUCUGGUUCCAAGGAGAUGCCUAACAUAGGCUCCUAUAAAGAUGGGAGUUUCAUACACGUAACUAAUUAGUGAAGCAGCAAGGAUUUGAUGAAGCUGUGAGAUUGUUUAUACAUACGGUGAGGACUUUUUUUUAGAGUAGUGUAUGUAGACUCAUUUAGGUAAGUGCAUACAAUUUAUAGAUUGAUUUCUUUCAUAUGUAUUCUUUUGUACCCUUGUAAUUCAAGAAGUCUCUCAAAAUAAAUAUAUGUUCUCUU